UUUUCUGAGCUACUUAAACAUCGUUAUGGUUACUGGCUACAGGCGUGGAGAAGGGAAUGCAUGCAGGAACUUAGGACAUGUCUACCUUUCAUUAGGGAAAUAUCGAGAGGCAAUUAAGUACUAUGAAAACGAUUUGGCCAUCACUGUCGAGGUUAACGAUAAAAAUUUAGAAGCAAUCGCAUAUGGUAAUUUAGGGAAUGUCUAUUUUUCAUUGGGAAAAUACCAAGAGGCGAAGAAAUACUACGAGAAGAAUCUUAGCAUCGCUGUUGAAACGUGUGAUAAGAGUGAAGAAGGAAAAGCAUAUACAAGGCUGGGGACUGUUUAUCAAGUAUUAAGUAAGUACCACGAAGCUGUUAGAUGUCAUAAAAAAGCUCUAGACAUCGCAGUAGAUGAAGGUGACAAAAGUUUAGAAGGGAAAACGUAUGGGAAUUUGGGAAAUGCCUAUCAAUCAUUAGGGGAAUGCCAGAAAGCAAUCAAGUGCCAUGAAAAGGAUUUACAGCUCGCCAUCACGAUGGGGGAUAAAGCUGGCGAGGGAAACGCUUGCAUGAAUUUAGGAAAUGUCUUCGAUUCAUUGGGAAGAUACCAAGACGCAAAACAAUAUCAUGAAAAGCAGUUGAACAUUGCUAAGAGGAUAAGAGACAGAAAUGGAGAAGCAAAGGCCUAUGCAAGUUUAGGAAACGUGCAUCAGUCACAAGGAGAAUACUCUAAAGCCAUCGAAUAUCACGAAAAGUCUCUAGCUAUUGCCGUCGCCAUCAAUGACAGCAGCAUCGAAGGAAAAUGUUACGGGAACUUAGGAAAUGCCUAUCAUUUGUUAGGUAAAUAUCACGAAGCAAUUACGUACCACGAAAAGUGCCUGAACAUAGCAAUAAAUAUGCAGGACAAAAGCGGAGAAGGAAAUGCGUAUGGAAACUUGGGGAAUGCAUUUCACUCAUUAGGAGAGUAUCAUAAGGCAAUCAAGUAUCAUGGAAAGCAUCUAACUGUUGCCAAGGAGACAGGCGACAAGAAACAAGAAGGAAAUGCUUCUACAAACUUGGGAAAUGCUUAUCAGUCAUUAGGAGAAUACCAGAAGGCCAUCGAAUAUCAUGAAGAGACUCUAAACCUCGCUAAGCAGAUAGAGGACAGAAUUGGUGUAGCAAAUGCUUAUGGAAACUUAGGAAAUGUCUAUCAUCUAUCUGGAAAACACCUCAAGGCCAUUGAAUAUCACGAGAAGAACCUUACCAUCGUUAUGCAGGUUGGAGACAAACAUGGAGAGGCAAAUGCUUAUGGGAAUUUGGGAAAUGCCAAGAACGCUCUAGGCAAAUACCUGGAGGCAAUAACAUACCACGAGAAACAACGAAACAUCGCUACUGAGAUAAGAGAUUGUUAUGGACAAGAAAAUGCUUAUGGAAGCUUAGGAAAUGACUAUCAAUCAAUAGGGAAUUACGGCGAGGCAAGAAAGUGUUACGAAAAGUGUCUUCACAUUGCACAAGACAUUGGUGACAAAAAAGGAGAGGGCAAUGCRUAUGGAAACUUAGGAAGUGUAUUUUUGUCGUCUGGAAAAUACGAUCAAGCAAUUGAAAAUUAUGAGAAGUGUCUAAGUAAUGCUGUACAACUGUGUGACAAAUGUGGAGAGGGGACAGCGUAUACAAAUUUAGGAAAUGCCUACAGCUCACUAAGAAAGUACGAGAAGGCACUUGAAUAUUACGAAAAACAGUUGGUCAUUGCAGUGAAGAUUGGUGACCGACAUUCAGAAGGGCAGUACUAUGGAAACGUUGGUAAAGUAUACCGCACAAUAGGCAAAUAUCAUGACGGGAUAAAAUACUUGAAGCAAUGCCUCCAGAUCGCUGAAGAAAUUGGUGAUAAGAAAACGGAGGGGUUUGCAUAUGUUCAGAUUGGCCUAUGCUACUGUCAGCUAAGCUAUUGCUACAAACAACAACAUGAUGAAGAAAACCACCUCCUUUGCAUUAAGGAGUCAGAAAACUACUUGAAAAAGAGUUUGUUGUGCUAUGAAAAGCUGUUUGAUGAUUUAGGAGAGCAAGAAAAGAUGAAAAUAUCUAUUGUGGACACAUUUAUCUUAGCCUACAAGCUGCUGACAAUGGUAUACAUCGAGACCAAACAGGAGCAAAAAGCUCUUCUGAUGACUGAGCGUGGACGAGCUCGCGCUUUGGGGGACAUAUUGAUGGCAAAAUAUACCUUGACUCUGUACCCCGGCUCAAAACUUCAACUUGAGUAUUCUGAUAUUGAAAACAUCGUUGCCAAUCGAGAUUAUAGCAUCCUGGUGUUUGCUUUGGAAUACAGAUAUGUGGCUACAUGGGUUCUAGCAAGUCAAAGCCCUCUAUUGUUCGUUGGUGGUAAGAUCAAAGGAUUCGAACUCCCAAUAAACGAUUUGUUUUCAAACAGGAUAGACAAGAAGGAGCUUCUUGUGACGUGCAUCACUGAAAUCGUGAAUAAAGCCCAUGACUGCAUGCGGGUUAGCGAAGGUGCUAACUGCGAAGACAGAUCACUGGAGCAGCUUCAGAAUUUCUACCUUAACCGUAAAGAGGGGGAUUUUGAAGAAGGAUCUUCCCUGCCUCAAGCUGGAGAAGCAAAUAGGACAGAGACAAACGAAAACGAAGAAAAAGGAUCUGAUCUGAGGUGCAUAUACGAUGAAGAAGAAUUUGAUGUCAACCCACUUGAGGAGCUUUUUGAUAUUUUUGUGGCUCCAUUACGGGAUCACCUUAAACAGAGUGAGGUCGUCAUCAUCCCUGAAGGACCACUCUACGCGGUACCCUUUGCAGCUUUACGUGAUUCAAAAACAGGUUUAUACCUGUCCGAAAUGAUGCCCAUUCGCAUUGCUCCUUCACUAACGACCUUGAAAGCUUUGCAAGAAUCGUCAGUUGAUCAUCAUUGCAAGUCAGGUGCUCUGAUCGUAGGAAGUCCUGAUGUUGGCCAGGUAAUGUUUAGGGGCAAAGAAAAAGGUUUCCCGAAUCUAAGGUUUGCCAAACAAGAGGCUGAAGAGAUCAGCGAAUUACUUGGUGUUAAAGCAUUGACCGGGAGUCAGGCUACCAAAGAGGUGAUCAAGCAAAGGCUACGUGAAGGAGUGGCUGUCAUCCACUUUGCUACUCAUGGAAGCGAAAAUGGCGAAAUCAUCUUGGCUCCAUCUGUUUCCACAGAAGAGACAAACAUCCCAGAACAAGAUGAUUAUAUUUUGACAAUGAGUGAGGCGCAGGAGAGUGGAAUUAAUGCUCAGCUGGUCGUGCUGAGCUGCUGUCACAGUGGUCGUGGCGAAAUAAAAUCAGAGGGAGUAAUAGGAAUGAGUAGAGCCUUUCUUGCUGCGGGAGCUCGUGCUGUUGUAGCGUCGCUGUGGGCCAUUGACGACGAAGCAACGAAAGAUUUUAUGCUGAAAUUUUACUGGCAUCUGAAGAAAGGAGAGAGAGCAAGUGAAAGUCUGCAGCAAGCGAUGAACGAUAUGAGAAAAGGAACAUACAAUGAGCCGAAGUACUGGGCUCCUUUUAUUCUAAUUGGAGACAACGUUACCGUAUUUGUGUAAGUCGGAAGGAAUCGAGGUUGAUGUAACAGUAGUGCACUCGCCUCUCACCUCUGGGGUCUCGGGGUCUCGGGGUCCAUGUUCGGUAUCACAUGCAACAUGAUGCAAGUAGAUUUUGCUGGGUGUCUUCCUUCAUUCGGUAGUUUUUUCUUCGGAUUCUCCGAUUUUCCUCAGCCCGCAAAACCUAAUGACCUAAAUUCCGAUAGGAUCUAUAUUCUUAGCCCUGACUUUGAACAUCCUAGAGGCUGCUUUAUGGUGUAGCAAUAAAUUAAUUUGAAGAUUUGAACCAAUUUUCCUCGUUCCGGUAGCUGCUGACCAGGAAGAACGCAGACUCUGGGGAUAAGAUCAUUUGCAGAAACUAGAUAUAUUUACAAAAAGAUUUUUUCAUGUUUAGCUGUUGUAUCAUGUACUAUAAUUGCCUUCGUUCCCUUCUCAUUAUUCAGAAGCAUCUCUCAUGAGCUGUGUCAAUACUGUACUUGCGGUAGGGACUAGCGAUAACAAGCUUUUUUCUUAUCUGAGGAUCUAUGCUAUAAUCUACUUCAGGAGUCAGGCGAUUGGUGUCGGCUUUCCACAUCUGUUCACAUACUGCAGAUAAUUCUUUAUUUGGUUUAAAUGAACUAAAUGAAAAAAAAGAAAAAUGGGUGUAAAUAAUCCCAAAAUAAAUUUGCUUGAUUUUUGUUUUGCUUUUUUCUA